AGCUUACAAAAACAAAAUAUAUUACCUAAACAACAUUAUGAUCUUUUAGAGUAGUAAUAUACAUAGAAUUAAUAAAUAAUGACUGAUACGAGAAGCAAAUACGGCCCUCUAAUUGGCUCAAUAGAUGAGGGCACUUCUAGUACAAGAUUCUUGGUAUUCGCCUCAAAAACCGCAGAAGUAUUAACUUACCAUCAGGUCGAUGUGCCUCAUAUCGUUCCCAGAGAAGGAUGGUUCGAACAGGACCCAAUGCUAAUUUUGCAUUCAGUUAUAGAAACGAUUGAUGUCUCAUGUGAAAAUCUUAAAAAGCUAAAUAUUAACUACGAGGAUAUUGUAGCUGUAGGGAUAACCAACCAAAGAGAAACGACAGUAUUAUGGGAUCCUACAACAGGAAAGCCCUUAUAUAAUGCUUUAGUCUGGAUGGAUAUGAGGACUUCUAGUACAGUAGAUACGAUUUUACAAAACGGAAAACGAUCUCAGAACUUUUUGCAAAAUCUUUGCGGCUUACCUGUCAGCACCUAUUUCAGUGCCCUUAAAAUAAAAUGGAUGAUGGAUAACGUUAAGGGGGUGAAAGAAGCGAUGGCUGAAAAUAGAUGCAUAUUCGGAAAUAUUGACACAUGGUUGAUAUGGAACCUUACAGGUGGCGUAAACGGGGGCCUGCAUAUAACAGACGUUACGAACGCUUCGCGUACGAUGCUGAUGAGAAUAGAUACGUUAAAGUGGGAUAAAAAUCUAUGUAAGGUAUUUGAUAUCCCGAUGCACAUUCUUCCAGAAAUCAGAAGUUCUGCUGAGAUAUACGGUUACAUAACCAACGUCACCAAACUGGCUGGCGUUCCUGUGUCCGGCAUUUUAGGCGAUCAGCAGGCGGCGUUGGUAGGCCAGAUGUGCUUUAAUAUAGGCCAAGCAAAAAGCACCUACGGGACGGGUUGUUUCAUUUUGUACAAUACGGGGACUAGCAUGGUGCGGUCUACGCACGGGCUGUUAACCACUGUCGGUUACCAGUUGGGGCCGGACAAGAAACCUACUUACGCGCUGGAAGGUUCCGUGGCGAUAGCAGGUAUUUCUAUUAAGUGGCUUCGAGACAAUCUUCAGAUUCUAAAAAACGUCAGCGAAUCCACCGAGUUAGCUCAAUCGGUCGAUGAACCUGGCGAGGUGUACUUUGUACCUGCUUUUUCUGGCUUAUACGCUCCUUACUGGAGGAAAGACGCCAGAAGUGUGAUAUGCGGACUGACUGAAGAGACUAAACCGGGUCACAUCGCCAAAGCCGCUCUAGAGGGGGUGUGCUACCAAGUUCGAGACGUGCUCGAAGCGAUGGCGUUGGACUGCGGUUUUCCUUUAAGUAAAUUAUUAGUUGACGGUGGGAUGACCAGCAAUGACUAUUUGAUGCAGCUGCAGGCGGAUUACUGCGGAAUACCAGUAGUGAGGCCUACAAUGCUGGAGACAACUGCCCUGGGGGCUGCGAUCGCCGCCGGCACGGCGAAAGGGGUGGAGGUGUGGAAUGCCGAAAAGAUCGAACCCGUUCCAAGUGACACUUUUUGUCCUUCGAUUAGCGACGAUGUAAGAGACAUAAAGUACUCUAGGUGGAAAAUGGCAAUUAGGAGGAGUUUCGGGUGGGCCGUCGAAACAGAAAAUAAUGUGGACAUAGAUUUGCCACGUUUGGUUAAGGGUGAGGAACAUACAUCAGGCGAUAAAAUAGCUGCAUCCGUGCCAGGAGGAAUUUACGUAGUGGGAACCUUUUUCAUAUUGAUCAUAGCAGAACAUUUGAAUAAAUAAUCCUCCUCUAGGUGGAAA